AAGAUUCUCUUUAACGUGAUUAUUUACAAGUAAUAGUUCCUCAUCAUGGCUGAACUAUCGCCUGAAGAAAUUCAGCUGAGGGCCAACCAGGUCACUGAUGAGUCUUUAGAAAGCACAAGGAGGAUUCUUGGCUUGGCCAUUGAGUCCCAGGAUGUCGGCAUCAAAACUAUCACCAUGCUGGAUGAACAGGGAGAACAACUAAAUCGCAUAGAAGAAGGCAUGGACCAGAUAAAUAAAGAUAUGAGAGAAGCUGAGAAGACACUGACAGAGCUCAACAAAUGUUGUGGGCUCUGUGUCUGUCCUUGUAACAGGACGAAGAACUUUGAGGCUAGCAAGGCAUACAGAGCAACCUGGGGAGAUGGAACAGAGAACUCGGCAGAUCAUGUGAUAUCCAUGCAACCAAGAAGUAUAAAUCAGCAGCAGCCUCAGACUUCUGGAGGACCAAGUGGCGGAUAUAUUACAAGGAUAACAAAUGAUGCCAGAGAAGAUGAAAUGGAUGAAAAUCUUGCUCAAGUGGGAAACAUUCUUGGGAAUUUGAAAAACAUGGCUUUGGAUAUGGGCAAUGAGAUUGAUGCCCAGAAUAAACAAAUAGACCGGAUAAAUGUAAAGGCUGAUACAAACAGGGAACGCAUUGAGCAAGCCAACAUCAGAGCCAAGAAACUAAUUGACAAUUAAAGCCUGCUGUCGUUGUUCAAUGACACUGUCUCUCCAGCUGCAAGCCACCGUAUUUAUGGAUCUGUGAAACUUCUCCUAUUCUGAAAUAAGAGGGGCUGGGAAAAAUGAAGCAGUACCCUUUCUACAGGGUUUAAUUUUCUUUUAUUUUUUUUUUAUUCCUUCAUGUAAACGUGGCCUUGACUCCAAGAAAGCAGCCAGCAUAACUUCCUCCGACUCAUCUACCUUCACUUUCUUUAAACUGCUCAGGGCUAAAAGUGUUACGGCUUUGAGAAUCUUCUUGCAUGUGUUAUUCCUCUUCCCAGUCUCUUUUUUUUCCUGCACCCAAAAUACAGUCCUCUAUUGAAGUUGAACAAGCAGGGUAACCUGAAUUCACAGUUGUGGAAAGUUGGAGAGGGCACUUUGCACUGUUUGAAAUACCUCAUAAGUUGAGUGUCUUCACUAAAGUAGGGACUUGGUGAAUAUUGUCUGACUUGUAUCUCUAGCAGGCUAACCAUAGUUUUACAAUCCAAACCACGAUUGGUUUGGGCUUGAGUUUCUGGAUUACAGAAUUGAAGAGGCCCACUACUUACUACUUGUGGGUUGAGGGCUUUAAAACACUUCCUAAAUACACAAACUUUAAUGUAAAGGUAGCUGGAGGGGUAUACAGGUUUCCAUUUCUUUACUGUAAAUUGACAUUGGUUUG